AUGGCUGCUGUUAUCACCCUGCAGUCGUCCUCGACGACUGGCCCAUCAGGCCCUUCAGCAGCUUCUUUCCAACAAUCCCCUUCCUCUGACCACCAACUACUUCGUCCCCGGAUCCCGCAGUCCUCCCAAGUCCAACAAAUACCUGCCCCCCAGCCCGGUUCUCUAUCUACGCCACACUCGCCUGUAUCUUCCGUGGGAACGCUCCCUCGUGUCACCGCGCCAGGUCGGGAUGGGUCGAGUUGUGACGCAUGCGUGCGCAGAAAGAGCCGGUGUGCUAUGAACGAAAUGGUGAACAAGUGUUAUUCGUGCGACUUUCACCGGCAGGACUGUACCUUCACACUGGCGGUGGCCAGUCGCCCCGGCACGGCCGACUUGCAAGCGAAGAAGCGGAAACUGGACGAGACCGAAUCCGAGGAGCUGGGAUCGCCUAAGAGGUUAUCUACCCUUCCCCCGGUGCUGGCCAAAUCCGACUCUGUCCGCCCACCCUUGAAUCACACCCUCCCUCACCACCAACCUGAUCAUCAAUUGCCCACUUCCUCCUCCUCGUUCUGGCAACAUUCCAUCCAACAUAUCGGCCUCACCACCGACUUAGAGCCCGCCCUCCUGGACUUCUUGCCCUUGGAUCAGAACCAAGAAGGGUUUGUGGCUGCCUCCCGUGUGCGGAAGUUUAGUGACGACGGCACCUUCAUGCGGGUGGUCAGCACUCGAUCGCCCGCGGACUCACCGCACACUGCUUCCUUGGACGCCAUCGAGGGCCUGGUCGCUCCCUAUGGCUCCACAUUAGUGGAGAAGUUUUUCGAACACGUCCAUCCCACCUUCCCCGUUCUCCUUGAAGACAGUUUCCGACAGUCCUAUCGGGCCCGGAGUGGCCUGUCACCACUGCUUCUCUCUGCUGUCUAUGUCCUCGCUUUGAAGUUCGUCGAUGUUGGCCCUGCGUCUCAGACCAUCCGGCGUCCCGAUGCCGGCCGCUUGGAGAGCACGGCCCUUCGGCUUUUGGUUGAGUCGCUUCCCUAUGCCUCCAUCUCUACUAUCCAGGCGGGACUGCUUCUUAUGCAGAGGUCAAACCUAGCCACAGCCGCGUUAACUGCGCAGCUGGUCACAGCCGGCUUUGAGCUUGGCUUGCACCAGGACUGCUCUAAUUGGCGGAUGGACACAUGGGAGAAAGGGCUCCGAAAACGCUUGGCAUGGGCCCUAUACAUGCAGGAUAAGUGGUCCGCGCUUGUGCAUGGACGGCCGUCUCACAUCUUCGCCUCCAAUUGGAUGGUUCAGGACCUGGUGGAGCAGGAUUUCACCGACGCUUUCGCUGCCUCAGCACAACACGACGAUGCACCCGUCGGCCACGGCCCGCUAUCCUUCUGUCACAUGGUGGCUCUGACCACCAUUCUCUCCGACAUCUUGGAUCGUUUCUAUACUUUACAGGCGAUUGAGGAAUUCAAGGCGGCGGGAAACCAUCGGACUCGGAUGAUUCUCGAACGUGCCAAGCCGGCCCAGAUUCGGUUAAAAGAAUGGUUUGGCCGCCUUCCGUCGGAGUUAAAGAUGGACUCGGGCGGCGAUCUGUUCGAGGUCGUCACUGAGGACAACGCUCGCAACGGUGCCUUACACCUAGCCUACUUCGCAACGGAGAUCACCCUACACCGCUGCAUUGUGCGGUCGCUGGCGCCGGAGAACGCCGACGCCUACUUGUCCCACAUCUGUCGCUCCGCCGCCAAGACGCGAUUGAUCUCCGCAAUGGACUUUGUCAACCGACUCCGGCCUUCCCACUUGCGCUCCUUCUGGCCGGCUACGGCACGGACCAAUUUUGCCCUGAUCGGCUCCUUCGGGGUCCUCCUUCGCAUCUCCGCCCCAACCAAGGAAGAAGCCGAAUUCUAUCGGCUGCGACUCUGCGAAUACCGCUGGACGCUGAGCGUCAGCAAGAAGGAUGCUGAGUUUUUGGAGUUUGCCUUGGAGAGUCUGGACAACGCGAACAAUUUGGAUCAUUACGUUCCUGAAAAACCUGGCAUCGAUGAACUGAUGACCAGCGCUGCCAAACCCACGACAAUCAAUCCCCCGCGCAUGGGCGCCAUGGAGGACUCAAUCCUGGAGGCUCCAGACAGUGGUCUGGGUGGCACCUCCUCAGUCAUCUCGGGAUUGGCAUCUCCAGCAACCUCUAUCAGUGAUGAGAGCCUGCAAGACUCUUCUAUCCCACCUCUCUAG